AUGGAGUCUCAAGGAUCUUCCGAUCAAGAAGAUGAACGGAUUGUUCAAAUCAGAGAAGCUUUAAUGUGUCCAGACGGCGAAAAAUUCGAAGGUUUACGAACGGCGAGGUUCUUAAACUACACAACCGCCUCUAUCGACGACGAUGUGUUCGAGCUUCCGUUAGACGCGUUCGCUUACCGUCCGGAAUCGAUUGAUCCGGUUAAAUCUACGGUGAGGAUUUCGUUUUCCGGUUGGGGAUCUCCGUCGUUGAACUGGAUCGAGUGGGUUAACGCUAUGGCUGAGUCACACGCGACGGUGUGGAGGAAAUCUGGAGUUCAUGAUGCGAUUAUGGCUUCUAGGUAUCAGAUUAAGAAGCAAGAUGAUUUGAUGAUGGCUUUGGUUGAGAAAUGGUGUAUAGAGACGAAUACGUUUGUGUUUCCUUGGGGUGAAGCUACGGUGACAUUAGAGGAUAUGAUUGUUCUUGGUGGAUUCUCUGUAAUUGGGAACAAUGCUUUGGCUCCGAUUAAACGAGAAGGUUUGAAGGAAGUUGAGGAGAAGAUGAAGAAGGCGAAACGGGAGAUCGAGGCGGAUUCGGAGAAGAAAUGUUGUGUUAGCUUGUGGAUGAAAGAGAUGAUGAACUCAGGGAAUGAGAUUGAGCAUGAAGCGUUUAUGGUUUCGUGGCUUUCUCGAUUCGUGUUUCCGAAUUCGGGUGAUUUGUUGAGGGAUAAGUUGUUUCCGGCUGCGAUUCAGCUCGCUAAUGGGGUUAAGUUAGCUCUGGCUCCAGCGGUUUUAGCCGGGAUUUAUCGAGAUCUCGGUGUUUUAAAGGAGCAUGUAGGUGGUUAUAGUGAGAAAGAGACGGUUGUGGUGAAGUCUCCGUUUCAGUUUGUGCAGGUUUGGGCUUUGGAGAGGUUCAUGGAGUUGCAGCCACCUGGUCAGCCAAGCCAGUUAAAACACGGUGAACCGCGGAUUGCGAGAUGGCACCAACAUGGUGGCGGUCACGAUGCGUAUCGUUACCCUGAGAAUGUAAGAGCGGUUUUGGACUCGGCGAAAGAGAGUUUCGACCAUCGUCCAUACACAAAGCCUCUGAGUAACUUCAAGUUCCCAAAGUUUUACUUGGAAGAUGAUUGUUGGAUCUCUGUGGGAUCUGAUGAGAACAUUGUAGCGUUUGGUCGUUGUUUGAGGUUCUCUAAACUGGUUGGUUUGGAUUGCGUUGAACCUUAUUAUCCUCACCGUGUUGGAUUGCAGUUUGGUUAUGAUCAGGAUGUUCCCGGCGUAGUUCCAGCUAGAUUUGAGACGCCGGAAUUGGCCUGGAAAGAUUAUAUCCGUCCGAUUUCUGAUGAAAUGUUGUACAUUCCUGCUCGGCUCCACGAGGCUGAUGUUACGGUUGGGUACAUUAGGUGGUGGAAGCUUUCUGCUGCGGUUUUGCAGGCCGAGGCUAAGAGAAUUUCCAACAAGCUUCUGGCUUCAUCUCCGAAACAGAAACCUGUGACUACAACAACAACAAAGGCAGCAUCUUUGUCCCCAGGGAAGUCGAAAACCUUUAAACCAGACAUGGAGACAAAGAGAGGAACUUCUGUUACGGGUUCAGAGCAAGUGACUAAGCAGCCAUUAAAGAAGCCUGAAUGGGUCCAGAGAUCAUCACCAGGGUCGACAAAGAGCCCUGAUAAAAACUCGGGAAGAGUAGCGGAUGAUGUUAAGGAUCUUAAAGGAGCUCUUAGGGAAUCAGGAGGAACAAAGGGUCAGGGUCAUGUCACAUUUCAGCUUCCUGGUUCAUCACCUGGGAGAUCUCCAUCCAAACCACAUACACUUUCGCCAAAGCAAACCGAUUCUCCUGUCAAAAAACCGAGAAGGAUACCUCGCGUAGCAGACAUUGCCAAACAAUCGAGCUCAUCUCCUCGGGUUCCAAGACAUACAUCAUCUGUUUCUCUUCCUCCCAAGCGAGAUAACUACAUAAAGAACCACAGUUCGCCAACCCCGAACAAGUCAUCAUCUCUUUCUGGUUCUCCUUUAAAGAGGAAGAAGUCACCAAGAUCUCUUGAAAAUGUAAACUCGCGUGGUCAGAAAAACUCCCCAAGCCCGCGAGUUUCAAAAGAACCGAACAAAUCACCAACUUCUUCUGGUUCUCCUUCUUCAACGAGAAAGAAGUCACCGAGAUCUUCUGGUGGUAACAACAAUUCCCCGUGCCCGCGAGUUUCAGAAGAACUGAACAAGUCACAAUCUUCUUCUGAUUCUCCUUCUUUAACGACGAAGAAGUCACCAAAAUCUCCUAACUCGUGUGGUAAUUCAUCAGCUGGAGAUAACUCUGUUGUCAAGAGAAGCAUAGUAGCUUCCAAACAAGAAGAAUCACCGAAUAAAACUCAACUCGAUAUCUGCGAGGCUAAUGUGAAAUCACGUCUAGAAGAGAUGGUGACACUGCAGGAACACGUCGGCGAAGGAGGUGAAGUGACAUAUCAAAUACCGAAACAGCAGUUUGAAGAUAUAAGCCAAGGGGUCCAAGAUGUUCUACAUGAGCUACAAUCUAUUAAAUUCGCAUUGAACAUACAAGACAACAAUGAUGCAUAG